GUGACUAUUUGUGCACGAAAGCAAGCAGUCAGUCGUUAUUAUGGUCUACAUUGUACUGCAUUAAGUGCCUUCCUUACUCUUUUCAUAAACCUGUUACGUCGUAAAUUACGUAGAAGAAAGGCGAAUCUCACAUUUUGAAAACUUAUAAAGGCAUCGGGCAAGAAAAACAUGGGAAACUGCCACACGGUGGGACCAAACGAAGCCUUAGUGGUGUCAGGUGGCUGCUGUGGCUCAGAUGAGAAGAGCUAUACAGUGGGAGGCUGGGCCUGGGCAUGGUGGCUUAUCACCGACAUACAGAAACUGUCUCUGGAGAUAAUGACCAUCCUGUGUCGCUGUGAGAAUAUCGAAACUUCGGAGGGUGUCCCCUUGGAUGUGACAGGGGUCGCUCAGGUGAAGGUCAUGACAGACAAUGAGUUGCUGGGUUAUGCCUGUGAACAGUUCCUGGGCAAGACAGUGACCGAAAUUAAAAGUGUCAUUCUGCAGACGCUGGAAGGUCACCUACGCUCUAUUUUGGGGACCCUGACGGUAGAGCAGAUCUACCAGGACAGAGAUCAAUUUGCCAAGCUGGUGAGAGAGGUGGCGUCUCCUGAUGUGGGCAGGAUGGGUAUUGAGAUCCUAAGCUUUACUAUUAAGGAUGUCUACGAUAAGGUGGACUAUCUGAGCUCUUUAGGAAAAUCUCAGACUGCUGCUGUUCAGAGAGAUGCUGACAUUGGAGUGGCCGAGGCCGAAAGAGACGCUGGAAUCAGGGAAGCAGAAUGUAAGAAGGAAAUGAUGGACGUGAAAUUCCAAGCCGAUACAAAAAUGGCAGAUUCAAAGCGAGAGCUGGAGAUGCAGAAAGCCUCUUUCAAUCAGGAAGUGAACACAAAGAAAGCUGAGGCACAGUUGGCCUACGAGCUCCAGGCAGCCAAGGAGCAGCAGAAGAUCCGACUGGAGGAGAUUGAGAUUGAGGUGGUCCAGAGGAAGAAACAGAUCUCCAUUGAGGAAAAGGAGAUUGCGAGGACGGAUAAGGAGCUGGUCGCCACUGUGAAGAGACCAGCUGAGGCCGAAGCCUACAAGAUGCAGCAGAUCGCUGAGGCACAGAAGAUAAAGACGGUGUUGACGGCACAGGCUGAAGCGGAGAAGAUCAAGCGUAUUGGAGAGGCAGAGGCUGGUUCUAUUGAAGCUGUGGGUAAAGCUGAAGCUGAAAGGAUGAGACUUAAAGCUGACGCCUAUCAGCAGUACGGGGAGGCUGCCAAAACCGCCCUCGUCCUGGAGGCUCUGCCGAAGAUUGCUAAGAAGGUGGCAGCACCUUUGGCCCGUACCAGUGAGAUUGUGAUCCUGAGUGGUGAGGGUGGCCGCCUCACUGGGGAAGUGAAUCGCCUGUUAGCUGAACUUCCUGUUUCUGUGAACGCUCUCACAGGGGUGGAUCUGUCCAAGAUACCAUUGCUGCAGAAAAUGACCAACCCUCAGGCUUAAACACUCUCCCUCCAUUCAGCUGCCUUUCCAACACUUCAGCCACAUGCACUUCCCUGUGGAUUGCCUUGAAGAAACACUUGAAAGCCAUUUUAUUUCUACAGAAAUGAGAAAUUCAAUUUUCUAGACCCCGGUGAACUCUUUGUUAUUGUUAAGUCACUGUUUGCCUUAAUUGUCGGUUUUAUUUGUCGGUUUCGUUUAAAAACAUACCUCAUCACUAUUAUUCUUUUAAAUGCAGAGCUGGUAGAAAAUAAGGUCAAAAGUGAGCAGCUACAGCUUUUUGUAUUGUGAAAUGAUCCUGUUAGUUGUGGGAUUGUCACGGUUACAUUUAUGCAAUGUAUGAAGUUAUAUAGAAAGUAUUUAGUAAAUAUAGAAGAGCUGUUUGAUUUGUUAGAGCAUGUUUAGUUGACUGAUAAACAGUGUGUUAGUAAUGUUUAGUCAUUUUAGUUUUGUUCAGGUCAAAUGAGCGCUGGAUCUACUUCAUCAUUAUAUCAUUCUGGUCUUUAUCUAUAACCAGAGAUUUAUACGAAUGUUGAAUCAUAACCGUGUCUGUAUACAGUUCAGAUAUGAAGAGCAUAGUCUUUAAGUAAUUUCAUAUUUCUGUGGCUGGAAAUGAUUUUUUUAUGUGGACAAUCAGUCUCACUUUAAUAGGUUUGUCGGUCACUCAUUUCAUAUUAAGUCUUUUAUGUGAAGCAAAUUAAACUGGGAUACAUUAUGAUAAAUUGUAAUUGCGCUAUGAUCCAAAUGGCUACAUGAAUUCCAUCCCAUAUUAUCUUUGGGUGAACUUGAUACUAUUUUUGUUAUGGAAGAAUAUACAGAUACUAAUAGUACAUGGUUAGGUUUUACUUUUUUACCAGUUGUCUCCCUUCAACCGUAUUUAAUCUAUAAUGCUUUUCAGAAUUCAUAAAACAUAUACCUCACCCAGUGUUUAUGCAGAUGUUCAAAGCUUUAGUCUAUUGGCUGUGUUUAUGCUUUAUCAACUGUUGUAAAAAAAAUCUUCAAGUUUUAUAUUUUCCAAGAUAAUCCUUAACUUUUAGAUUACAACAGGAUCUUCCUCUUUUUGUUGAAAUUCUUUUAACCUUGUAAUUUGUGGUUAGAUUUCAUAUCACUGUGGUAGUACAGUGUUCUAAAAGUGUGUUGAAAGCUAACUAUUAAAUCUUCAGGUAAUGUAAGCGCUCUGUCAGGUAUUUGCCGUAUAUGUGAAUUUCAUCAUUUAGAAUAUUAUCUUACUUUUUUUUUACUCUGCCACGUUUGCCAUCGUGGGUAACUGCGAGCAUUUAGUGUUUUGUAGACAGUCUUGCCAUUAAAUAAAAAGCAGUUUGCCAAACAUUUCAACAUGAAACAGUACACUCACAUGCCAAAUGCAAUUUUGGGGGGCUUUUUUUAUCAGAACAAUUUGGCAGAACUAUUUGUGAAGGUUCUUCUUCAAAGCUCAAUUUUCACUCCCAAGUUUUUUUUACUUUGUUAUUGUCUCUCUCAACUGUAGGAAAAAGGGAACUGUCAGCUAUAAUGCAGCAGUUGUUUAUAAGAUGCUGCACACAUUCAACUUCAAAAGAAACUUUUCUAUGCUUAAUCUAAACUAAAUAAUCCUGUUCUUUCUGAUCUGAAUGUGUUCGUUUUAGAGUUUGUAUUGUUGUUUCCACCACUAACAAUCACAUGUAAUGAAUGUGUUACAUAGCAAUGCAUAUAUUUAAUGCCUCUUUCUUAAUACAACUCUCCUUGCUAUAGAAUGAGUAUACAAUUUAUGCAUAUCUAUUCAGAAGUCUGUAUUUCAGAUCACAUUCAAUAAAUGUUUCUUGAUUUAA